AUGUGUGAUAGUGGGAUUUCCCCAUAUGUAGUCACUUACACAACUUUGAUUGGUGGGUUAUGCAAAAGCAAUAACAUUGAUCUAGCUUUAAAAUUGCUGAAUGAGAUGAGAAAUAGAGAAAUUAAGUUAGAUGUCAUUGCACAUGCUGUUCUUAUAGAUGGAUUUUGCAAACGAAGAGACAUGAAAAAUGCUUUUGAACUUUUUGAUGAAAUCCUUCAAGUUGGUCUCUCUCCUAACCUAUUUGUCUAUAACAGCAUGAUAAGUGGUUUUAGAAAUGUAAAUAAUAUGGAAGCAGCACUAGUCUUGCAUGAUAGGAUGAUCAAUGGAGGCAUUCCAUGUGAACUGGAAACAUACACCACAUUGAUUGAUGGCCUUUUGGAGGAUGGUAAAAUAGUUGUGGCGUCUGAUUUGUACACUGAGAUGAUCGGAAAGGGUAUAAUGCCUGAUGACAUCACAUAUACUGUUCUUGUACACGGUCUUUGCAAUAAAGGUCAGGUUGAGAAUGCGCACAAGGUCUUAGAGGAGAUGUAUAAAAAGAGUAAGACUCCUAGUGUUCUGAUUUAUAAUACACUAUUUGCUGGACACUUCAAGGAGGGAAAUUUAGAAGAGGCAUUUAGGUUGCAUGAUGAGAUGCUUGACAAAGGUCUUAAGCCCGAUGAUGCGACUAUUGAUAUUCUAUGUGGAAAGUUGCAUGAUGAAAUGUGUGAGAAAGGUCUUAAGCCCGAUGAUGUGACUAUUGAUAUUCUGUGUGGAAAGUUAAAAGGAAAUAGUUUGGCUCAUGGUACGUCAAUUGUCAUAUUGUUUCCAUUGCAUUUUGAAUUACUCCUCAAUCUCAUAUAUAAUUAUAGCAAUUUUAAUUUCAUGGCUGAUGAUGUUGACAGCUUUAAUGCUUGGGAUCCAAAUUCCAAUGAAGUGCUUUCGCUUCGUCCCCUCGAAGCUGUUCUUGCUGUGUUAGGCGUUACUCAUCUUACUCCAAAUAUAUUGAGGAAUAGAUACCUACAUGUAUUUGUACACAUAUGUGCUCCUCAGCUUGCUGGUGUAAAUGGAGAUGAGGAUGCUCUGUUUGUGCUGGAACUUCUACGAGAUUGCUUAAGCCUGAAAUGA